AUGCAGAAUGGACCUGUUACUGGUCAGAGCGAUUCUCUGAUGAAUAUUGACUACAGAUUCACUGGCACAUCUAUGGAAAAUGAGGUCUCUCCCACGAUUGAAGUUGCUACCUACGCAGGCGUGGACGUGUAUGAGUGUUAUUGCAAAGGUCAGGAAUCGCGGAUUGUGAUGCGACGGUGCCUGGAUAACUGGAUCAACAUCACCCAGGUCUUUAAGAUCGCGUCCUUUUCCAAGACACAACGGACUAAAAUCUUGGAAAAGGAAUCUAAUAUGGUGAAGCACGAGAAAAUCCAAGGUGGGUACGGUCGAUUUCAAGGAACUUGGAUUCCGCUCGAAAACGCGCAUUAUCUGAUUGAAAAGUACAACGUGCAGGAUCUGGUGGUAUCGACAAUAUUGAAUUUCCAGUUAGACCCCGCUAAUCCGCCCAUUCGCAGAUCCAAGAACUCUGUCAUCAAGAAGCAAUCGCCGGGAACCAAGAUCAACUCACCGUCAAGCUACAAUAAGACUCCCAAGAAAAACGGCGUGGGGAUGGUCGUGAAGAAGGCGAAAAAGAAGCUUAGCAGCACCAUGGGAAAUGUCGUUCAAACCACUGGUGUGAUCAAAAAGUCGCAGGUUCACCCAAGUCCUUUACAGAACCUGGCGUUUCAGACCCCUCAGCAUCAGCAGCACCUCUCCAUGCAGCAUAAUAACUCAACAGUGGUAGCUCCGGACCAACAGACCCCCCUCCACCCUAUGAAUUACGAAACGACCCAAAAGCCCUUGCAGUUCUAUCCAUAUCCACAGCAACAGCCAGCAUUUCUAACUUUUGAUGCGAGUGACCCCCAACAUCAGCAAGCGACUAAGAGAUCCAAGAAGCCGAGCAGGCCUCCAUCGUCUACCCAAUCCCAGGCGCAGCAUAGCUUCAGGGUCAUCAAACAGCAAUUCAUCGAUCAAGCCAGCUCGCAACCACCGCGAACUAUCCCUCAUGCUAUGGUUACCAUCCACCCUCAGUCUUCUGCGCAUAAGACCUCUUACUCCAAUGGUUCAAAUGGAUCUAAUGGCUCUUCGAUUGAGUGUUUCUCGGCUCACGAAGAGCAUUCUCCAAUUUCAUCUCGUUCUGCUUCGCCAAAGCUGAGGCAGCCAUCUGGACAUGACGCCAAGAGCGACGUCGGCGGGGAACCGUUAUCUGAGGAAGAAUACAAGGAAAUUCUGCUGCAGGUUUUAUCGUCCGACUACUCUGCAAGUGACUCUGACUCCAUCAUGUUGCCUGAAGAGGUCUAUCAUCCUCCUCCGAACCUUGACAUUAAUUUUACAAUUGAUGAUCAAAGCCACACCACAUUGCAUUGGGCCGCGGCUAUGGCUAACAUCCCACUGCUCAAAGUUAUACUAACGCUUCCGGUUGACAUUUCCUUGUGCAAUAAUCGUGGGUUCAAUACGAUAACCAAAGCCUGUUUUUACAAUAACUGUUACAAAGGAGGCGUUUUUCCGCAGGUUUUGGAACUGCUCAAACCUUGCAUAAUCACCCCAGACUUGAAUGGCCGACUACCAUUUCAUUAUUUGGUAGAGUUGAGUGUGAAUAAGUCCAAAGACCCGGUGGUUAUCAAUUACUAUCUGGAUAGUUUGUUUGAAGUCUUAUCCAAGGAAGACCCGACAUUGCUUCGAAUGUGUCUCAAUCAUCAAGACAAUGCCGGAAAUACUGUCUUGCAUCUCGCAGCCUUGAAUUUGAACCUGGAAUUAUGCAACAGACUAUGCUACCUGGGAAGCUCUAUGGGAGUAUUGAACUUAGAACAUGAAACCGCCACAUCCAUUUUAGCCAGGUACAAUUUGGUGCCUCCUACGUCCCAAGGAUUGGAUGAAGCAGUAGCUGAGCUUACAGGGAAUGUCCAAAGCAAGACAUCUAAACAACUGACACUCAGUACUCCUGUUAUGACCAGAAAAAAGAAUGGCAGCUUCUCUCAGCACAAUGACCAUACGAUAAACCUUACCCAAGAGCUCUCCUCAUUUUCAAGCAUGCCCAAUUCGGAGAUAAAUACGUCAAAAAAUAAGAACACAGACGAGCAGAACAGCGCUAUCAUUCAAGAGCCACUCUCCGUCUCUUCUACUAUCAACCGUGAUGUGCUGCCAGCGGCAAGUGUGCCUCUGAUACGACUAGAGCCUGCUAGAUCCUCGCAAACGCUUACCAAACAAUUAUCGAAUCUCACCGCUUCUUUAACGAGCUCGGUAGACGAAGAGAUAAGUACCUUGGAGCUGGAUAAGGAGAAGAUAAUCGGCUGUAUCGAUAGCACUGGUAAAUCGCUCAACCACAAUGAAGUUGCUAUGCAAGAGUUGCUUGUCGGUGUUUCAGGCGUUGAAGAACUCGAGAGCAGCGUCGACAAGUUUACAGAGCAAGUCAGGCAUCAAAUGUCACAGCUUGCAAAUUCGAUUGAAAAAUCUCAAGCUCUGGCAUUGGCAACUUGGGUUCACGAGGAAGAAUCAGCUAUGGCUUCAAACGCGAAUUCUCCACAGAAAGAUGACGGGACUGAGCAUUCAGUACGCAUAAUCAGCAGCCGUUUGCUAAGACUAGGGCUCCAACUCACGUUGCUCCAAUUCAAGCGUAAGCACACCAUCAACAGGCUGGCACGAGGCAAAUCCGAAAUCGGGUCCUCCACAAAGAUAAAGAAAUACCGAAAGCUUAUUGGUACUACAAUCGAAGACAUUGACUCUAAACUGGACGAUAUUGAAAAGGAUCUACGAGCCGAAGUAUAA